AUUGACGUUUACUUACACAUCCAUGUGCAAAUAUAUGUAUUUUAAAAUUGACGUGUUGGUUGACGAUUCGCGAGUGAGUUAUUAAAUAGCACAAGUGGUACAUACAACCUUACCCUGCAAUUUGACUAUUAACCAUUAACGCUCCACCUAAUCAGUCUAAUUUUUUAACUAUAUUAACUAUACUUGUUCCAUGUGUUAGUGAAAUUAAUGUGGCUUGUUGAUUAAAUAUUAAUAAUUUACCGCCAAGUUCAGGACAGCUGAUUUAAAUCUACAUAAAUAUCGGAGAGAUAAUCACCUGUAUUUUUAUUCGCAGAAUGCAGAAGGCCGGCUAAUUUAGAAUCACGUGACAAAUAAAGAGAAUGGUGCAACAAAGAAGUGAAAGAGCACCUUCAUCGCUGAGAUUAAAUCAAAGUGAAAGCCUAACUUCAGGAACUCGCGCCCCAAUGACGUCGCCGACGUCACAGCCGUCUUCCCCGAGACAAAUGGGAGUCAACGGAAACUCGCCUCUAGGUGCAGGAACACCAGAGGCCCACAGCACAUUAAACUCGUCAAUGUCUCCUGGGGCCGGAUCCGGGAAUAGCAAUGCUGAUUCGCGCAUACCUCGGCCAUCUCCGACGGCUCUGCGUCGCUCAGCGAGCAUGCGCGUACGUGGAGAACGCGUGCAAAACAUACGCACGACAGGUUCACUGGGUCCAGGUUCCUUGUCUCAUCAUCACAAUCAACACCAUUACCAUCGACACAAUCAUAUCUCGCACCAGACGGAAAUCUUCCCAGCAAUCACGGAGAAUGGUCUGGACUCACCGCGGCACCGCUCUCUUAGUCUCUCACUGACACCAGCAAGGCCGCGUUUGGGACACGCGGCGCUGAACAUAAGCGGAACUGGGGAGAGUUUAUUAUCAUCAGGAGCUGGGGACGACAGUGAUGUUGACAGUGUGAAGAGUUAUGGUAGCGCUUACAGCACAGCAAGUGCCUGCGAUCACGCACACUUUGCCCUUAAUGGCACCACCUGGUCUGGACGCUCGCGCAAGUAUGUUGUUCACUGUUCAAAUUACAAUGGAGAUACCGAACAGUAUCUCACACCAACGCAACGAGCCGCCAGACAAGUGCGUAAAUUGCAGAGCUUGUUGAGCGAGGCGAGAAAGAAGGUUGAGGAGAAGGACCGAGAGAUACUGAGACUGACCAAGGAAGUCGUUGAGCUGAGACUCUACAAAGCCUCGCUUAACAGCCCCGAUGAGAGAACGGACAGCAGUGAGGCAUUAACCGUCCGUGAGAAUAAUCCUUUCUCACCAGAAUCACCCUGCAAAGAUCUUCCUGAAGAAAGUUCUAAUUCUGAGAUUCAAAGUCCACGUACGCCUGAUAAAUCUCAUCUAGCUACUGAUAAUUCUAGUACUAAUAAUAAUAAUAAUUCUAAUAAUAAUAAUGCUGAUAGUACGCCUACGAAUAAUAAUAGUGUUAAUGAAUUCGGAGAGUGUCUUGUCUCAUUAGCUGACUCGGGACACUUUGAAGAUGACUCUAUUCAUUCAAAGGAUUCUGUUCUUGGUGCUUCAACGGUCGACGGAACUGUCGGCGCCAGAGAUACUAAAAGUGUCGCUUUAUCUCGGAGCAAUAACCCCAAGACGCUGUCUGAUGAAGAAAGCAAGAAAAUUGUUGAUCUUUAUGAACAGAGGAUAGAAGAAAUGCACCGAAGACAUAUCGAUGAGCUUCAAGAGCUUAAAGAAAAGCACAAUGAUAAGGUGGAGAGUCUACUGAAUCAGCUUUCUGAAGUGAACACUCGUUACUGCGAGUUACGUCCGUCCUUGGAUACCGCCGAGGUGAAGGUACGAGAUUUAGAAGCGGAGCUUGAGCGUACCAAGACACAACUCGAGGAACAAAAGGCAUUGUUCGAGGAGCAAGAAGAGAGAAACAAGCAAAUGUACCUGAAAAUGUAUGCCAAGGGUCAAGAGGCUGCAAGACUUGAGCUAAAUGAUCCGGCUACGGAGCAAGCACCAGAGACGCCAAAUGUCACUGUCACCGAAUUGUUGCAACAAUUGAGCGUUACUCAAGCGGAACUGGAGAACGUCAAGGGUACAAACUACUUGCCACAUCUUCACAUUUCAGUCGCUCGUAGCCAAUGUUUACUAAGUGCGCAGGAGGCUGUUUCUCUUUGGGUACUUGCCACACGUAAGGCUAUGUACAGAAGAAUAAUCGAGUCUCGUAACAAGGCAGCAAUAGAUCCAGAAAUAACUCUGCAAUUUUUGAAAUCCGCUAUUUACUACUUUUUAACCGACAAAGAAAACCAUCACGGGCACUUGAAUGCCAUUGAGAGUAUUCUUGGGUUUACGGACAACGAGAAGCUCAACAUUGAUCGGAUUUACGGGUCAAGUCGAAAGUAAUAAGUUUAAGUUUCUUCCUUUAUUUAUUUAUUAUUGCAUUAUCAAUUAUUAUUCUUUGCCUGCCGGUAUUGAGUUAUUUUAAAUAUUUGACAACUAUUUUAUUAAAGACUAGAUAAUUUUAUUUUUAUCAAAUGUUUUAAUAUAUUUUCAAAUAUUAAGUUUUUAAUUAUCAGAUUAAUAUUGUAAAAAGAAAAUCAGAGUGUUUGUGAUUUAUAACUAAACUAUCAGCUAUUGAUUAGCUGUCAUUUAUAUCAGUAGAUAAUUAGCUUUAGAUUAAUUAAAAAUAAUUAUUAUGCAUUAUUCCAAAUAUUUAAAAAUAUCGGAGGGGGGGUUUUAAAUAUUUAUAAUUAAAAAAUAUUUGAUAAAUAAACAUUGUUAUUUCCAAAUAUUAUCAAUUAUAAUUGCAAGCUCUUUAAUCUAGAGUUUUUCAAUUAUUUAAUAAUAAAACGUCUAAUUAAAAAUUAAUGUUGACUUUUAAAAAUAUAUUUCACGGCUGUGUUUGCUUACGAUUGCAACACCGACUAGAUUAAGCAAAAAUCUUAUUUAUUUAUAUUUGAAUUAAUAAAUUAAUAAAUAUAAAGUAAUAUAUAUUUAACGAAA